UUAAAUAGUAAACAUUGACUGACAUGUGUGGUGAGAUCUGAGAGGUUAUAAAACGUUGAGAUUUACAAAUUAUAUUUUCAUGUUCUAAAAUAUCCAAAGAAAAAUGGUGAAAAAAAAAAUAGACAACCGUAUAAGGGUUAUGAUAGAAAAUGGGGUAAAACUCGGCCACCGGACAAUGUUUCUCCUUGUAGGAGACAAAAGCCGAGAUCAAGUACCCAUCUUAUAUGAUAUGCUAGUGAAAUCAACAGUUAAAGCUCGUCCAACAGUGCUAUGGUGCUAUAAAAAUAAAGAUGAAGCAAUCAGCAAUCAUGGACGUAAAAGAGCAAAGAAGAUAGCUGCUGGUAAAUUAGAAGUGUCAGAAGAAUCUCUCUUUGAUUCAUUUAGAGUUGCCACUACUAUACAUGGUAGAUACUACUCUGAGAGCCAUGCUAUGCUUGGACAAACUUAUGGUGUUUGUGUUUUACAGGAUUUUGAAGCUUUAACACCAAACUUGAUGGCCCGAACUAUAGAAACAGUGGAAGGAGGUGGUCUAAUUAUAUUCUUGUUGAAAACUAUGGACUCAUUGAGGCAGUUGCACUCUAUAUCUAUGGAUGUUCAUUCAAGAUUCAAAACAGAAGCCUAUGACACAGUGGUGAACAGAUUCAACGAGCGAUUCCUGCUGUCCUUAGCUGAUAACCCUCGAUGUCUUGUUCUGGACGACUCUCUGACUGUACUGCCUAUAUCAUCUAAAACUGCUCAGAUAGAACCUGUUGAUGCUGUCCCAGAGCGAGUAAACCCAAAACUGACGGAUCUGGUGACGUCACUGUCGGACACGCCGCCGGCCGGGCCACUGGUCGCGCUGUGUCGCACAUACGAGCAGGCGACCGCUCUGGUCGCGCUCAUCAACACUUUGGCGGACAAACAGACCAGGCCUCCUCACUGCCUCACAGCAGCCAGAGGUAGAGGCAAAUCAGCCUGUCUAGGCUUAGCCGUCUCCGCUGCCGUGGCUUUAGGCUAUGUGAACAUCUACGUCACCUCCCCGCACCCAGAGAACUUGAUCACAUUGUUCGAGUUUGUACUAAAAGGAUUGGAUGCUUGCCUUUAUCAAGAACAUAUUGAUUAUAACAUCGUGAGGUCGACCAAUCCGGAUUUCAAGAAGGCUAUUGUUAGGAUCAAUAUUGCGAGGAAUUCGAGGCAGACUGUACAGUACAUAACACCGGACGACCAUUCUCUACUGUCGGUAGCUGACCUGGUAUUGGUCGACGAAGCCGCCGCCAUACCACUAGUGCACGUAGCUGCAGCAGCGUCAAAGGCGCCCUUAGCUUUCCUGUCCUCAACAGUAUCUGGGUACGAAGGGACUGGACGAGCUUUGUCCUUGAAACUCUUCGCUCAGUUGCAAAACGAGAACAAUGCUCCGCCGCCGAUAAAAUUAGAAGAGCCAAUACGUUACCGCGCCGGUGACCCUAUAGAGGGUUGGCUGAACUCGUUCCUGUGUCUCGAGGCGCCGCCCCCCUCGGUGGGGGUUGGCUCCCCCCCGCCCGCGGCGUGCGAACUGUUGCGAGUGAACCGCGACGCGCUGUUCUGCUACCACCGAGCGGCCGAGGCGUUCCUGCAUCGACUUGUUGCUAUAUACGUCGCUAGCCAUUAUAAGAACAGUCCCAACGACAUACAACUGUUGGCGGACGCGCCUGCGCACUGUCUCUUCGUUUUGCUCGCGCCCACACCUCCCAAAUCGACGAGCAUGCCGGAGAUACUCUGCGUCAUACAACUGUGCCUCGAGGGAAGCUUAUCUGACAGAUCAGUAAAAGACAGCUUAGGCAGAGGUAGAAAAGCUGCCGGCGACCUGAUACCCUGGAAUAUCUGUGAACAGUUUGGUGACAAAGAUUUUCCGAAACUUUCUGGCGCGCGGGUGGUUAGGAUAGCGACCCACCCUUCCUAUCAACGUAUGGGCUAUGGCAAACGCGCUUUACAACAGUUAGCGGCAUAUUACAUGGGCGACAUCCCAUGCCUUGACGAAACACCGAGCGAUGACGAGGAAAAAGAAACUACUGGCAAAGCGGACUCAUUGCAUACUGAGACUAUAGUUCCAAGAUCAAAACCACCGACUUUACUAAAGCGACUAACUGAAGUGAGGCCGGAACACUUAGACUAUUUGGGGACCAGUUUUGGACUUACUGAGGAGCUUCUCAAAUUUUGGAAAUCUCAAAAAUACAUGCCCGUUUAUUUGAGUCAAAAAGCAAACGAAUUGACAGGCGAACACUCGUGCAUUAUGUUACGAUCAAUGCAAGACUCGUCGUGGUUGGCGGCAUACAAUGCAGACUUCAGACAGAGGUUCUCAAGGCUUUUGGGGAGGUGUUUUAGGAAACUACCCGCGUCUCUGGCUUUGUCUACUCUGUUGAAUGAUAGCGUGAAGAUAAAUAAACCAGUACUAACAAAACAAUUGAUUGAGCAAUAUCUAUCCGGACAUGACCAGUCCCGUAUCGAGAUGUACUGCAGACAGCAAGCGGACUAUAGACUAUUGACGGACUUAUUGGUGCCGAUGGCCAAUAUUGUGUUCCAUACUAAAGUUAAGCUCAAACUGGAAGCUAUACAACAGGUAAUAUUUGUAGCAAUGGGCUUCCAAAUGAAAGACGUCGACGACAUAGCAAGCGAACUGACGCUCCCCGGAUCUCAAAUUCUGGCUAAAUUCUACGAGGCGUGCAAGAAGAUAAACGCUGCGCUCAACUCCGUUCUAGAAGUAACCGUGGCUAAAGAGAUGGGCAUAGAAGACAAGAUCUCAGAAGUCAAUACUGAAGAACCGAUGAAGCAGAGCCUACAAGAAGAAUUGACGAAGGCUGCCAAGGACCUGGAAAGGAAGCAGCGCAAAGAGCUAUCCAAGCUGAUGGGUGAAGAUCUCGCUCAGUACCGCAUCAAAGGCAGCGAUCUCGACUGGGGACAAGCGCUCAAGUCGUCCACAGAGAAACAACUUGUCUCUGUUAAGAGUGGUGAAAAACGUCUGGGUGAAGACAGCAAAGAGAUCGACGAAUUGAUAGAAACACACUCUAACAAUAAGAAAAAGAAGAAAAAGCAUGUUAGAAAUUAAUAAAGUGUAAGUUUUACUGCAAAAA